AUGGCAUCUUCGUCUCCGGCGAGCAUGGAGUUGCCGAGACUCCCCAGCACCUCCUCUCUGGCCAUGAAUGCCACCGGACAGCAUGUCCAUACGGAACAACCGUCUGGGUUUGGUCAUGCUCUUUUGUCGCUUGUCAUCUUUGUUCCAGGCGCGCUAUUCCGGACCAUCACCUUCACUACCAUCACCGUCCCGCGAUGGCUAUUCACUCUUUUCUCCAUGAGUCUAACUUUCACCAUGAAUUUCACCACCUUGCUCUUGAUUUUCCUCCUCGUUGUCUCGACCGUCAGCUGGUUCAUCCGCUAUCGUUACCUUAAUGUCUACGCUCGCUUACCCGAAGAGCCCAAGAGGAAAGAGGCACAGAUAGAUCUGUUUCCUGAUACGCAAGAUGGAGACUUAAAACCUGGAUUGGCCAACUAUCUCGACGAAUUCCUCAGUGCCAUCAAGGUGUUCGGAUAUCUGGAAAGACCGGUAUUUCACGAGUUAACCAGGACAAUGCAGACUAGGAAACUCAUUGCCGGGGAAACAUUACUGCUCGAGGAAGAGAAGGGAUUUUGUCUGGUUGUCGACGGCCUCGUGCAGAUCUUUGUGAAGUCUUCGAAAGAGGCUUCAGACCACAAUUCCACUGGCCAAUUUGGCGUCUUCAACGACGACGAAGGUUAUCAUGAAGGCAACCAGGGCUACCAGUUGCUGACCGAGGUCAAGAACGGAGCUUCAAUGUCCUCACUCUUUUCAAUCUUGUCCCUAUUCACCGAAGAUAUCAAACUGCGCCAUGACGAUCAAGUCAACCCUGCUACUAAAUUCGCCAAUCAUAUGUCACAUACCCCUGAUUCAGUUGCGACAAGCCCUACUACGCACCCGUCGACACCAGGUAUGGCCAUCCCCAGCGGCCGGGAAGAGCCUUCUAGGCACAGGCUAUCCACCGUGCCGCCGCUAACUCUGGGGGCCGCCUUUGACGAGCGUCCAUUUCAAAAACAACCAGAGAAGCCCCGGGCGGGCCCCUCCGCGCAUCCAGAUAUAGUGGCCAGAGCAGUGGUAGAUACAACAAUUGCUAUUAUUCCAGCCAGUGCAUUUCGCCGAUUAACCAGAACAUAUCCGAAAGCCACUGCCCAUAUAGUGCAGGUUAUACUUACGCGGUUACAUCGGGUGACUCUAGCUACGGCACAUCACUAUCUCGGAUUGACCUCGGAGGUUUUACAGAUUGAGAAGACGAUGAACAAGUUUACCAGCUACGAUCUGCCCAAUCAUCUUCGGGGCGAUGCUCUAGACCGACUGCGAGACAAAUUCGCAAAGGAGCGAGAUAGGAUUGGACCUGAAGAAGGCACAAAAGGGAUCGCCCUGCAUAACCCGAGGGCGAACCGGAGGAGAUCGUCGAGCGGACUCCGGAAAGAAGCAGCCACGGCGGCCAGGCUGGCUGCGGCCAGGGGAAAUUCAGCCUUGACCUCCAGAUCAAGUGCCCUGGCCCGAGGAAUUGGUGAUAGAAAUGUGAGUUCUGGCGACCUUCAUGAAAGUGGCAGACUCAGCCAGAGGCCAACAAGUCUCCACCUGCCGUCGAUCUCGAGUUCGACCAGUAUGGAAGUGGGCAGUCCCAUGGGAAACCGCGAACAGCCGCUAUUUAGACCGUUCGGGACCGAUAUUCCUCACUUGCAAGAGUCAGCCAACGAGGAUAGCUUGUUUCGGGAAUCCGUCCUGGAAUGCGUGGCUAAGGCACUUGGCCUGAGCGAGGCCAUCAACCAGUCUAUGAGAAAGGUACCUGCUUCAGUGGAGCAAUCUCCGCGGCUUGUCUCCUACGAUGCAAGAAGGCAAACUGCCAUCUUCAAUAACGCAUUUGGUUUCAUUGAUCCCUACGAGGAUUCGGCCGACGGUGAAUCUGAUGUCGCCUCGGCCUCGGCCGCUAGUGUUGGUGGAUCAUCUCAAGGUCAGACGCUGAAUGAAGAACUAAUAGAUGAUGUGGAGAUUGUUUUCUUCCCCAAAGACUCCGUUUUGGUCGAGCAGGGCGAACGAAAUCCGGGUCUCUACUAUGUUAUUGACGGGUUCCUGGAUGUGAGCAUUCCCGUCGAAGAGAAGGAAGAUAGGAAUAUCUCCCUAGUAGCCAACAAUCGAAAGACCUCGCGCGACGAUUCUGUACCACGACUUCGGAGAACCAAGACUUCCACGUCCCGCGCUUCCUCCGUUCCAGGUGUUCCUGCGCAAUCAAAGGAAGGCAGGAGAAUGGUACAAAAAUCCCUGUUUUUGGUGAAGCCAGGCGGAAUCGCCGGCUAUGUCGGCACGCUCUCUUCGUACAGGAGCUUUACGGAUGUCACAGCGAAAACGGAUGUCUACGUUGGCUUUCUUCCUCGGUCGUCCCUGGAGAGAGUUGCAGAGAAAUAUCCGGCGGUUUUACUCACCCUCGCAAAAAGGCUCACCAGCCUUCUCCCCCGCCUGAUUUUGCAUAUCGACUUUGCUCUGGAGUGGGUUCAAGUCAACGCCGGUCAAGUCAUCCAUCAUCAAGGGGAUGAAAGUGAUGCUAUCUAUAUCGUUCUCAAUGGUCGACUGAGAGCCAUCCGCGAGUUGGAAGGCGGAACCAUGAAAGUGACAGGCGAGUAUGGCCAAGGGGAAAGUAUCGGUGAACUGGAGGUUAUGACAGAUGCGACGAGGUCGGCAACUCUCCAUGCCAUCCGAGAUACCGAACUGGCAAAGUUUCCCAAAACACUCUUCAACAGCUUGGCCCAGGAACAUCCCAAUAUCACUAUUCAGAUCUCGAAGUUGAUAGCGCUGCGCAUGCGAGCGCUCAUCGAAGCCCCUUUGGCGGACACAGGCCAAGAGCGAGGCAAAGCCGCUCUGACCGACUCCGGCACGUCCAGUCUCAACUUACGCACAAUAGCGGUCUUGCCGGUUACCACGGGUGUCCCAGUAGUCGAGUUUGGAAAUCGUUUACUGGCAGCUUUGAGUCAGGUCGGAGUGCCGAAUGGCGUUACUCUGCUCAAUCAGACACUUAUUUUGAACCAUCUUGGCCGCCACGCCUUCAAUCGAAUGGGACGGCUGAAGCUAUCACAAUAUCUAGCCGAUCUCGAGGAGAAAUAUGGAAUGCUGCUCUAUAUCGCCGACACCAACGUGAACGCGCCUUGGACCCAGACCUGCAUAUCACAGGCCGAUUGCAUCUUAUUGGUUGGAUUGGCGGAGAGUUCCCCCAGCAUUGGUGAGUACGAGAGAUUUCUCCUUGGUAUGAAGUCCACGGCUCGCAAAGACCUUGUACUCCUCCACGGGGACCGAUAUACUCAGCCCGGUCUUACAAGGAGAUGGCUGAGGAAUCGGAUGUGGAUCAAUGGGGGCCAUCAUCAUGUUCUCAUGACGUUCCGGGUGAGUUCCGAAACCACUCCUCAUGCUCAACCCAGGCGACUAGGGUCGGCGAUCAGACAGAGAGUCCAAGUCAUUCAAGCCGAAAUCCAGAAGUACACAUCCCGACGAAUUCGACAAGCGCCGCUCUAUUCAGUGGACAAACCCUUCAAAGGCGAUCUGCACCGUUUGGCGCGCCGCCUUUGUGGCAAAUCAGUGGGUCUCGUCCUUGGUGGAGGAGGAGCUCGCGGUAUUGCCCAUGUGGGAGUUAUCCAGGCUCUUGAAGAGGCAGGGAUACCCAUUGAUAUUGUUGGCGGAACUUCGAUUGGUGCAUUCAUCGGCGCACUUUACGCUCGCGAUGCAGAUACUGUUCCCAUGUACGGUCGGGCCAAAAAGUUUGCUGGUCGGAUGGGUAGUAUGUGGAGGUUCGCACUGGAUCUGACCUACCCGUCAGCCGCGUAUACAACAGGGCACGAGUUCAAUCGCGGGAUAUUUAAGACGUUCGGAGAUUCGCAGAUCGAGGAUUUCUGGCUUUCUUUCUAUUGCAAUACCACCAACCUCAGCAAAUCCUGUGCUGAGGUUCACACAUCUGGAUAUGCGUGGCGGUAUGUCAGAGCGAGCAUGUCGCUGGCAGGAUUGAUUCCCCCUAUCUGCGACGAAGGCAGCAUGCUUCUAGAUGGUGGCUACAUGGACAACCUAACAGUCUCACACAUGAAGAGUUUGGGCGCAGACAUCAUCUUCGCUGUGGACGUGGGCAGCCUUGAUGAUGAUACGCCACAACAGUAUGGCGACACCCUCUCGGGCUUCUGGGCUCUGUUCAACCGGUGGAACCCGUUCUCCUCCAUUCCUAACCCACCGACUCUCAGCGACAUUCAAGCUCGUCUGGCCUAUGUUAGUUCUGUGGAUGCACUAGAGCGAGCCAAAGCCAUGCCCGGAUGUCUGUACAUGCGGCCGCCCAUCGACGCCUACGCCACUCUGGAUUUCGCCAAGUUCGAUGAGAUCUAUGAGGUGGGUUACUCGUUUGCUAAAGAAUAUCUCGCCCGCCUGAAGAGUGAAGGCGAUUUGAAAGGAGUAAUAGAAAUGUGGGCUGGUAACAGCAGUGAGGAAGAUAAAGGCCUGUUGAGAGCCAUGGCCCCUAGGAGAGCUAGUAUAUGA